GAAGCCGCUGCAUCCACAGCACUGCCUCCGUUCGCACUAUCGCCAGCAUGAAGGUCCUGUUUGUUUUUGCCGUGGUGCUGGCCCUGGCCACCGCCAGCGAUCUCCGUCGCUACGGAGGAGAGCAGGAGGAGGAGGAGGACAGCGACCACACCCCCUACCAGUUCAGCUACUCUGUCGACGACGAAGACACCGUGUUCUCCCAGAGUGAGGAGGGCGACGAGGACGGUGACGUCACUGGAGAGUACUCUGUCAACCUGCCCGACGGCCGCGUCCAGACAGUCAGGUACUUCGGCGACAACGAGGACGGCUACACGGCCGAGGUCAGCUACGAGGGCGAGGCCCAGUACCCUGAGGACCAGUCGUACCAGGCCGAGGAACGCGAGGAAGAGGAAGAGGAGGAAGAGGAAGAGGAGGAGGAAGAGGAAGAAGAGGAGGGGGAGCUGGUUCCCAUCUAUGCUUACCGGCCAGUGUACAACUAAAUGUUACAUGCGAUGUCAGCAGGGAACGGUUCGUGCUUAAUUCCCCGACAAACGAGUUUCUCCUGCAUGUCUCUCCGGAGUCCCACUAGUCUGUUGAUCAGGAGAAGUAAAUACAUCGUUUGUACACUAGUGAAAAUCAAACAUCUGUGUGCAAGUGAGUCCUAAGUGCAUUUACCUCACAUAGGAUAGAGUAGCUUUGUUCUUGUCUAUUACAGCGCGUGUCGUUUUAUCAGGAGGAUGGUUUGUGAAAGAGGCCUCGCAUCGACUGUAUUGAUGUUAUUUAAAACGAAUACAACUGUGUCAGUAA